ACCUCGCUUUUUAUGUGAUUUAUUUACAAGGAUGUAAUCGCUGUGUUAAAAGUAAAAAAAAUACCAAAAAAAAGGAAAAUUAUUUUAACGAAAAAAAAAUUUCUUUCAUUUGCAAAAUCCAGAUUUUUAUUUGUCGUUAGGUGUUCUAGAUAAGCAAAAAAAAUGGGGAUUUGUGAAAAUGUGAUUUUGAUAAUCGAUAGGUAGUUCAAGAAUGCCGAAGAGAAUCUCUUUCCAUGUCGUUUACGCAACAAGCGAAGACUCCUCGUAUCCAGCAUGCGAGCUGAAUGCUCAAGGACCGGCGGCGCGGGGCUGGCGCAGCUCGGGUGCUCCACCCCACGAGCUUUUGCUACGGUUGACCACCCUCACAAGUGUACACAAACUGCAGUUGUUAGCCCACCAUCAGCUUAUACCGGAGUCAGUAGAAGUCCUGGUAUCUGGAGGGUUGGUCUCCGAAGGCGCUGCCACACCUUGCGGGGCGACGUAUACAAGCGUAGGCCGCGUGACCCUGGCCAAUCCUGCGCCUCAAGCCAGGACAAGAGAGUUAAGAUCGGCAGCUCUUCCGGAACCGACAGUGGCGCGCUUUGUGAAAUUACGUCUCUCAGGACCACAUCCACCUGCAGGCAAUGACGAUCAGGUAGCCUUAAUGGCAGUGAACGUGUUAGGCGUGGAGGUAGGAGAAGCAGACAAGGUAUCACCGGUGGCAGAAAAAGAGUUAACAUAUUCACCAUACGACGAUCUAGCGUUUGUCAUGUACGUCGACAACGAGAUUGCUGGCCUAGUCAGGAGUUUGGAUGAGAAGAAGAGAUCUGCUGUUCGUGAGGAACGUUUUGAAUACGCCCGACGUCUCAAAUCAGCUGGCUCAGCAUUAGCAGCAGCUGGGAUCCGCAUCGGACGAUGGAGGCUUCGCAAGAGAACCGCUGCAGCGAGAGACGAUUUCGAGCUGGCCAGGAGAAUGAGGGACAGGAUUGCCGAUGCGCUGGUUAGCGUCAAGGAAGAUUCGGAGUUGUGUCGCUUAUUUGAAACAGAUGGGCCUAACCGACGCAACGACUCCUCCAUGCAUCAAGAAUAUGAUUUCUCCCACCACCUGUCACCAUCCGUCGCAGCCAUGUCACUUAGCCUAGAUAUCCCGUCCCCCGUCCCACCAGUGGGACGGGACAAUCAGCAGUAUGAGAAUGAGGAGGAAGUCGAUAAUGUCCAAGGGUCACCCGUCCAAGUCUACGAAGAAGAAGUACAACACCAUGCCGAGACACGAAACCAUGAUUACCAGCCGAGCCAAGACGUAAUACAAGAACAAAAAGACGCGCAGAAGAAACUAGAAGAGUACAAAAUGAUGGAGGAACAUAGGAAAGAGGAGUUUCUAAAAGAAGAACAACGGAAGGAAGAAAUGAGAAGAACGGAAAUAUUAGAUGAACAGAGAAAAUUAGAAGACAAAAGAAAAGUAGAUGAUGAAGAAUUUAGGAAAGAGACUGAUAGUCCGCGGAGGAGUAUUACACCUAAUGCUGCCAAUGGAACAUUAGUAAGAAGAAGAAACAAAAGUGCAGGCCCAAGAUCUACGUUUGAAGCUUACGAAGAAAGGCUAUUACCAGCACUUAGGCAUUCCCACACUAACGAAUAUCUUCGGGAAGCGAAAGAAGAAGAGUGCAGUGCAGGUAGCGCGUCGUCGCACCCUCGCCUGCCGCAUAAGCUUAAUGAGCGAGAGAGGAAGCAGGCGGCACUGCCGAUACUUAUAUUUGGAUAUCCUCUUGUAGAAAAAUUCUACUCCAAAAACUAUCUAGACAAAGAAGAAGGCUUGGCCCGCCUUCGAGCAGAAUUGACAACCCCUUCUAACGGUAGCACUAAGACUUCACCGAACAAGACCGCGAGGGCAGCUGCACUGUUGCUGCAGAGAGCUCUGAGAGAUAAGGUCUUCUCGGUGUACAGCCAGGCUAAUGAGGGUGUCAGAGUGUUAUUCCAACAGUUUGUACCUGAUCGGGUUUGUGCAGCAGAAGUGCAGCGUUGCCUGGAAAAGCUGCUACCAGAACUGCUGCGGGCCUGUGGAGACCCUGCUCCCAGGGUGCAUUCCACUGCACAACACACAGUGCUUACUAUAGCUGAUUGCCCGCAAGUUAAGGCCAUCCACUAUAUCCCUCAGCAGCUGGUGAGGCCGGUCCCCGCCAGCAUGCAUCCGAGAAUGGCUCUCAGUCGUCUGCAAAUGCUGGAACAGCUCAUUCUCAGUCAUGGCAUCUUGACUGAAAAGAAUAGCGGCCUAACUGUCCGUCGCCUAGCAGAAUGCGGAGCCGCCGGUGCUCAACAUGCAGCAGGCUCCGUCAGGGCAGCCGCUGAGCGAAUCCUUCUCGCCGCUUACGCAAGGUCCCCAAGAGUAGUUCGGGCCCAACUUCCUCCUGAUGACGCUGUUACUAGACGGAAUUUAAUCUAUCGACAUCUGUUUCAACAGUUUGAUAGGAUUGACAUGCAGAAAAUGCUAAACCAAGCCCCUACCGAGGAGCAACUCUUAAACGGGCAUCAAUCAAUGGCGGAUUCCACAACUGAAACCACCAGCAUGAGUCAAUCAAUACGCAGCGGUAUUAGCGGCAUGACAUCAUCGCUCAUGACGUCAUCCUUAAUGACGUCAUCCUUGGGGGCUACAUCGUCGUACAGCCUAAAAUCAAUGACGUCAAGCGUCAGUGGGGUUACCCUUGCACCUUCAAGCUUAGGAAGCUACAGUACGACAACAUCUAAAACGAAAAGCAGUCUGAAAAAAAGUCCUACGAAAAGAUAUACACCCAGCAGGGCUAUUAAGGACUUUUCGAAUUAUCCGGGUUAUAAUAAGUUGAGAUUGGAUAGUGCUGUUAGUCCAAAACAUUCACCAAGGUCCAGUACGGGUGGUGUUGAAAAGGUCCAUUUCCAAGAGAACCAGACGGAAGAAGUAGUCUAUCGCCGUGCCAACCGCAUUCCAGAAAACCGUCAUUCCAUGAUUCACUACGAUCACGAAUCGUCGAAACCUCAACUAAAAGAACGUCCAAUCACAGUCUACGAACCUUUGCACUUGGAUUACCGAGAUUCUCCAACUUUGGGAUCUCCAAAAGCUUCAAGAAACGACGUCCGAAGUAUGGAUUCUCUACCAAUGGAUUCACCAAGACAUGAACUGCGAUGUGAUUCGGACAGAAGUUUGGACUCGCCGAAAGUGAAGGACUAUUUUCGAGAAUCGGCUUUGGAAAGUCCGAAAUUGGUUGCUGGUUUGCGGAAUUUACAUUUGGAUGAAAGUAGUCAGAUGGAUGAAAGCGGGUAUUACAGUCCUGGUCGAAAGCAGCAGAUGUCGUUGAACGAACAUCAGCUCUUUGAGAGCUACGAACCCAGUGCUGCGGACGCCAGCUGUGAUUCUACCCCAGAACCUGCUGUCUGCAGUACAUCAUGUACGUGGUGCGGGCGCCGCGUGCGGUCUGACACUUUAGAAAGUCACUACUGGAAACGAUGUGUGCUACUGGCCAGGUGUCCGCAUUGCCGCGUUGCUCUUGAGGCUAGAGUGCUGCAUACACAUCUACUGGAAGAGUGUUCAAUUAGUGAGGGCUCCUGGAAGCCGUGUCACAAGUGUGGAGCUGCUUUAAGAACCGACGAAAGUGAUUACCACGUCAACUGUAUACCGUUGGGCAUGGACGAGUGGAAAUGCCCGUACUGUCUAAACAACGUGCUGGCACGAGAUCUACCGUGGCAGCGCCAUCUUAUGCAGUGCCCCAGGAACCCAAGGCUCGUACAGAACACGUAGGCGUGAUGCUGACUGACAAAUGUGCGUUUGGCAAGAUCUUUUCUGUCUGGUUGAAUUAUAAAGAUUCAUAAUGUGACCGUAUAAUACCGACGGAAAUACAUGAAACAAUUUGCAAGCGUUAUUUUCAAAUUGAACUCGAAAAGUAGACUACGAAUUUAAACUUUGACUUAUGUGAUCGUCGCCAUACGUAUAAUUUGUUAUUCAACGUCAAGCUUUUUAAGUAUAGGGUAUGUAUGUAGGAAUGUAUGGAAUUGUAUGUGGUUUGAGAUGUGAUUAUUCGGAGAUUAAUUGCUUCGCGCUAAUUUAUUUCCAUACAUAUUUAUGUACCUAACUGUAACUUAACCAGAGAACAAAAAGUAACAAGAUUGGACACUCUCCGCCCCUACCUAGCUAGAUACCGCAACACGCCCCGCUCACUGACGGUCACAUUGACUGAACGGCUAAAAGGCUGUCGGUGAGCCGUUUUAUGAGACGCUAAGACGCCUUUGAUAUUUGAAUAUAGUUUUCAUUCAUUCAUUACGAAACUUGUACGUAUGCGUACGUAUUAUAAUACAGAUUUAUUAUAUCAUUAUAAUGAGAUGUAAAUCAUUAGACAAGGGUUUCUCGAAUUUUCAAUUUAUAUUGCCGAUAAAUAUGUAGUGAAUAUAAUUAUUAACUAGGUAAUAAUAAAGUUGCACACGCAAUUUCAAAUACCUUGGUUACCUUAUUUAAAAUUACC